AUGUCCGCACAUACUUACAAAAAGUUUGAAAACUCUACUUCGGGCGAUUUGCCGGAUAAAAUGACAAUCUACCAGGAUUGCAUGAACACGUUUAACGAAUCGCCUGUCAAUUCCAAGAAAUGUCGUUUGUUAAUUUCUCGUUUAUUGAGGCUAUUAGCUCAAGGUGAAACUUUUCCACAAAAUGAAGCUACUGCGUUAUUCUUCUCCAUCUCGAAACUUUUCCAACAUCAAAACGACUCUUUAAGACAAGCUGUUUAUUUGGCAAUCAAGGAAUUGAGUGGUAUUUCAGAAGAUGUGUUGAUGGCAACUUCUUCAAUCAUGAAGGAUGUUCAAAACGGUUCUGAUUUGAUCAAGCCCAAUGCUAUCAGGUCACUGACCUAUGUCUUGGAUGAAUCUACAGCUUUUUCAGCUGAAAGAUUAUUGAAAAGCGCCGUGGUAAGUAAGCACCCUUCAAUCUCUUCAGCAGCAUUAUGUACUUCUUACCACCUGCUGCCAAUUUCUGAAGUCACUGUCAAAAGAUUCACCAAUGAAACUCAAGAAGCUGUCCUGGAUUUGAAACAGUUUCCAAAUCAACACGCUGGCAGUGAAUAUUACCCAAACUCUACUUAUAUCUCUCAAUACCAUGCUCUUGGGUUGCUCUAUCAAUUGAAGAAAACUGAUAAAAUGGCAUUAUUGAAGUUAGUUAGACAUUUCUCCGAGAACAACUCCAUGAAAAAUCAGUUGGCCAAGGUAGAGUUGGUCAAGAUUGUCAAUGAUUUGAUGCAUAGAGACCCUCAAUUAUUCAAUCAAUUCAGACCGCUUUUGUCCGAUUGGCUAUCCAAUAAGUUCGAAUCUGUUCAAUUGGAAACAGCAAAGUUAAUCACCUCUUUUGCUACUCGCAAUUCCCGCCUAGUGCCUCCAGAAUUAUAUGCGGCUGCAAUUAGCACCUUGCAAUCCUUAUUGACUGUCCCUCGCGUUUCUUCCAGGUUUGCUGCAUUAAGAAUUUUGAACAGAAUCUCUAUGGUUUCACCCGAAAAGAUUGUUGUCUGUAACCCCGAGUUAGAAUCUUUGAUCAAUGAUUCUAAUAGAAAUAUUUCAACUUAUGCAAUUACGACCUUAUUAAAGACAGGUACCUCAAAAAAUAUUUCGUCUCUAAUUUCCACUAUCACUAAUUUCAUCCAUGACGUCAGUGAUGACUUUAAGAUCAUUAUUAUUGACGCCGUUCGUACCUUAUCGUUGAAUUUCCCACAGGAAUGGAAAGCAAUUUUGAAUUUUUUAAUCGACGUCUUGAAAAACAGUGAAGGUGGAUUCAAGUUUAAAAACAGUAUCGUUGAAGCAUUAAUUGAUAUUGUUUCAUUCGUCCCCCAAUCUAAAGAAGUUGCCUUAGAGAACUUGUGUGAUUUCAUUGAAGAUUGUGAAUUCAAUGAAAUACUGGUAAGAAUAUUACACCUAUUGGGUAAAGAAGGUCCAUCAGCUCCAAAUCCAUCAUUAUAUGUUAGACAUAUUUAUAACAGAGUAGUAUUGGAGAAUUCUAUUAUCAGAUCCGCUGCUGUGGUAGCUUUAUCCAAAUUCGCUCUAACAAAGAACGAUCCUACCUUAUAUGAAUCAAUCAUAAGUUUAUUGAAGAGGAUUGCUAAUGAUAAAGAUGAUGAAGUCAGAGACAGAGCUACGAUUGCGCUAAAAUUCAUUGAUUCUGCCAGAAAUAAGCAGGACGUUAUAGCACAAAAUCUAAUUGAAUCCAAAUAUUAUUAUGAUGUUCCAUCAUUAGAGUCCAAAUUGAACGCUUAUAUUUCGUCCAACGCUGACUCAUUUGCAACUGCAUUUGACGUUAAUCAAGUACGUAAGUUUACUGAAGAUGAAAUGAAGGCGAUAAAUUUGAAGAGAAAGCAAGAACAGAUUUUCAAUCAAAAAUCAGAUACAACUUUGGAUGUCACACCAGAAGCGGACAGUGUUGUUCAAGAAAAAAGAGCAGAUGCCAACUCCUUUGCUGGUCCAAACUUGGAUGACCACCAAGAAGAUUUGUUAGCUACCAAGUACGCUGACGAAUUGUUAUCUAUUGAACAAAUCAAGCCAUUUGGCCAAUUAGUGAAUAGUUCCAGGGCUAUCUCGUUGACUGAGCCGGAAGCCGAAUUCGUUGUACGUGGUAUCAAACACCUCUUUAAAAAUAAUGUUGUCCUACAAUUCAACAUCACAAAUACUUUGACAGAUAUUGCCUUAGACAACGUUGCUGUUGUUUGCACCCCAGAAAUUUCCGAUGAAGUUGAAUUACAGGAAUUAUUUACUCUGCAAGUGGACAGAUUGUUACCAGCGGAAGAGGCAGCUUGUUACGUUGCAUUUAAAAAGUCCGAUGAAAUUGUAAUGGAAGGUUUCUUAAACAACCUAACGUUCACUACAAAAGAAAUCAAUCCCGAUACUAAUGAACCGUUCGAAGGUGAUGAAGGCUUCCAAGAUGAGUAUGAAAUCGACUCUAUUUUCUUGAAUGCAGGUGAUUAUGUUAAGAGUUCUUUCACAGGUAACUUCUCUGCUACAUUUGAUGAAUUGCCAGCUGAAGAGAUUGCUGUCUUCAAUAUUCAAGAAGAUCUAUCCAUACAAGAGGUUGUAGAUAAGCUUAUUCUAAACAGUAGUUGCUUGCCAGUGGAAAGUACUCAAUUUGCUCCAAGUGAUUCAAACUCUCAUACCUUGAAAUUAUUUGGUAAGAGCGCUUUAACUGGUUCUAAAGUAGCACUACAAAUUAAGAUGGUCAAAAGUUCGAAAGGUCUUGCUUUGAAAGUUCAAGGUAAAGGUGAAGACAGCUUAUUAUGCUCUGAUCUGGUGAACAGCUUAAUGCAGUAG